GUACCGACAAACUAGGGCGCGAUGUGAUGAGCGGGAUGAUUCAAGGUACACGAGUGGCGAUGAUGGUCGGUGUUAUCUCAAUGUCUAUUGCUGUUUUUAUUGGCAUUAUUUUAGGCGCUAUGGCAGAGGUGAAAGUUUCCGUGCCAACUAUUUUGCUUAUUCUUUCGAUAAGUGCCAUCAUGAACAAACCUUCUAUCUUCAUCACUAUGAUUGUAAUUGGAUUUUUGGGCUGGACGGGUAUUGCGAAAUACGUUCGUGCAGAGUUGUUGAAAGUGCGUAGUUUGGAGUUUAUCGAAGCUGCACAAGCUUUGGGUUUGAGUGAGUGGAGAAUUGUGAUGAAACACGCUAUCCCUAAUUCA